AUGAUUGCGCCACGCUGCUUCUCGGUCUAUGCCGCGCUACUGACGGUUCUCGCAACAGCAGCACUUUCUGCUACUGCGGACUCGCCCUUUCCGUGCACUGGUGGUUCUAUCUACUUCACCGGCCAUACAGUCGAUGGCCUGCUCUUCCAGAACCCAGAUCUCUACCACGACCUCUAUGUCUUCAAAUGCGUCACUACGGUCGUCUUCACAGCGGAUAGCGGCGGCGAAGCAGCCAACAACACUCGAGUGCAGGAGUUGGAGCGCGGCCUCGAAGAUGCCUACAGUUUCAUGUCCGACGUGGCCUCCGUUAGGCCGGAUGGCACGCAGUCCAUCUCUUCUUCGAACGAGGAAGCGCCACUGGCCAAUGAGACCACAGUCCAGAUUGGCAAACACACCAUCGUCUCUUCUUCACUGCUCGGCCUAUCGAAUGCACAGAUCCUCUACCUUCGUCUCCCGGACAGUACAUACUUCGGAGAAGGCUACAAAGCGUACAGCGAGGAGUCGCUCAAGAAACUGUACAGCGCAGACAUAUCGGAGAUUACCACUACCGACGGCAAGGCCACGUACACGAUCGACGAUCUGAAGGACAUCAUCGCGACCAUUCUUCGCGAUCGCCGAGCCAACCAAAUUCGCGUGAUGAAUUACCAGUCGGCUCUUUCUACGGACAAUGACGAUGAUCAGCUCGAUCAUGCUGACCGAAUCGUCUCUGCUAAGCUUGUGAUGGAUGUUGUGGAAGAGGAGGAGAUUGGAGGAAAUGUCACGGCAUAUGCAUGCGACUCAAUGCGUAUACUGGGGACAAACAACCUCGAAACUCCGGACUAUAUCAAGAAGGUGGAUGCAUUCUUUGAGUAUGCUAAGCGUGAUCCCGACAUGUGCCAGAGUCUCGAUGAGUGUGGUCAGAGGCGCCAGAACAUCAAAGAUCCCUCCAAGGUCAAGUAUAAUGAGGUAGAUCACGUCGCCAACUUCCUGAAGCGGGAGUACUACAUCCGGAUAGACACCGAUGCCUGA